AUGUCAAACAGCAACUGCGGACUGAAAGUGACUGCUAAGCAAACAUAUUACCCAAUUGAACUGUCAAACGCUGAACUUUUAACACAUUAUGAGACAAUACAAGAAUACCAUAACGAUAUUUCAGAGAAUGUUUUAAGAACAGCUGCUAAGUUCAAACCAGAUACAAAGAUGAUAGACAUGCAACCUCAGAUGAACCCAAAUGAGACGCGUUCUACAAUGGUUAACUUUUUGUUUGAGUUAUCAGUAUUGACCAGAGUCACCAAUGGUAUCUUUUUCCACUCUGUUAGACUAUAUGAUCGUUACUGUUCAAAAAGAGUUAUAUUAAGAGAUCAAGCUAAUCUAGUAGCUGGUACCUGUUUGUGGUUAGCAGCAAAGACUUGGGGUGGUUGUAGCCAUGUAAUUAACAAUGUCACUGUUCCAACCGGUGGAAGAUUUUAUGGUCCAAACCCAAGAGCUAGAGUACCCAGAUUAUCGGAAUUGGUUCAUUACUGCGGCGGGUCCGAAGUUUUUGAUGAAUCAAUGUUUAUGCAAAUGGAAAGACACAUUCUUGAUACAUUGAACUGGGAUGUCUAUGAAAUGAGCAUCAACGACUAUGUCUUGAAUGUUGACGAAAAUUGCCUAAUUCAAUAUGAACUUUAUGAAGCACAAUUGAAGUAUAGUAGAGAGAUGAAGAUGAAACAUAACUCUGGCGCCUCCAAGUCAACUAUUGAUAUGACUGAAGACGAUGAAGAAUAUAAUGAAUUAAGAAUGAAAAUUGAGUUAAUCAAUCUCAAGAAAUUCUUGAUCGAUUUGUCUUGUUGGAACUACAAGUUCUUGAAGGCAGAGAUGCACGAGUUAUGCCAAUCAAUCUUUGACACCAUUAAUAGAUUUACAUCUCAAGAUCAAGGUCCGCUAUUAUCAAUACCAUCUCUUAACCCAGAAACAUCUGAGGAAUUAAUUAACGUAUUUGUGGAAACAAUUGUCAACUUACCAGACUCCAUCUUCAGAGUGUACAAGGACCAAACAGGUGUUUUUGAGUUUGUAGUUAAAGUCAGGGAAUACAAUGAUGAGAUGCAAAGGAAAUAUCAAGCACCAUCUAUCAUGGAUCUAUCAAAGAGACUUGCCAUCAACACCCAGUACGUGGAUAUUGAAUCAGGCGUUCCAUCUCCGGCUUACUCCACGGACACUCUAACACCAAUGAGACACUCUAGUGCACAAUCCGAUAACAGUGUAUUCAGUGUUAAUCACUUGGGCAAUUCUUCGCCAUUGACUCCUCACAUGCAUUCCUUCACGAAUUUCAAGAACGACAGUGCGCACUGCAGCUCUACCAGUCUUUCGAGUAUACCGAACGACAACAGGGCCAACGCAGGCAUGAAUAAUUAUUCAAUAGCAUCUACAAACAAACCGACUCACAUGGACUAUGACAACAAGGAAAACCAGUUACCGGUAUGA